AUGGAGAAUUCGGGUAACGAAACGGGUAUUCCGGGUUGUAGGCAAUCGGAUCUGAGAAAAUCAUUCAAAUCCGCUGUUCGUUCUCUUCUCUCUGCUUGCUCCAAACAGGAUUUUCUUGACAUUUUCUCAAAAUUCAGUGGUGCUGAGCAAAAACUUCUUUACCGGUUAUAUACUCAGGUUAUUGUGAAUUUGCAUCAGACAAUUGAGUUAACGUUUUCACCAUUGUUACAGGAUGAUUUUGAUGCACAAUGUCAAGAAUUUCAGGUUGGGACAAUUCUUGAUAAAGUCGAGCAGCUGGUGGAAGAACAGAGUUUGGAUCCCUUAUUUUCAGAUAAGACGAAUGUUAUGGACAUAGCAAGUGAUCUAACAACAGCUAAGAAGAGCGAGAUACAAAAGUUAUCAGGUUUGCUUCAAACGGCCGAAGAACAGAAUCGUCAAAUGGAAGCUCGAAUCAGUCUGCUCAGAAGACAACCACAACAUGAGGUCUCAGGCACAGCUAAUGCAAUCGAAAAGCUGAAAACCGGAAUCUCAGUCUACUUUGAAGGAAAUGACAAGCUGCCUCAAAUAUAG